AUGCAAUCUCGAAGAUCGGCUCGUAAAGCAGUGACUCGGCGCAAGAUUGCUCUGGCGUGUGAACCCUGUCGAGACCGCAAGUCACGCUGUGACGGCCAGAAGCCCAUCUGCGGGCCCUGCGAGCGACGGUCUUACACCAUCGAUCGCUGCAUCUUCAAAGCCGACAAUGCGCGAUCGGCGAGUAACGAUGAAUACCUCCGCGCUCUCCAUCAGCGCAUCCGAGACCUGGAAGAGGCCUGUUGCAGCGCGGGUGUUUCCGUGCUACCAUCGGGGACAGAGGACAUCGUUGCUGGCUCACAUGGACAGUCUGCUGCUCAGAUACCCCUCAUAGGAUCAUCUCGGCCGCAUCAAGCAAUCUGGGAUCAAGCUGCCGCCUAUUGCUCGCCGCACUCUGACACUGGCCCAGUCCAUCUCGAGUCACCUGCUGCCCGCAGCAAUGUCACCGCUAUGGGAGCCAUUAAUUCGGUCGCUAGUCCGGUCGAGCAAGGGUCAAAGCCCCUAUGGCGAUCAAAUGAAUACUUUGGAAGCUCGUCCACCGCUUCGUUGGUGCGGUUCCUCGCCCGCGGUGCAAUCCCUGGCGGUUCGAGCCCUGUCCGCCCAUCACGGAAUCAGCCUCGGGACGCAUCGCCGCAAGGUCAAGGUGUUUGGCCCUCGUCCCGGGCCCAAGUUGAUGGCUUCUUGCUUCCUCCGCGGGAUCUAGCCGACCACCUGCUGCAGUGCUUCUGGGAUCGGGUGUACUGUCUGUACCCGUUCUUCGACCGGGCGAGUUUUCAGGAUGCGUAUGACAAUCUGUGGCUCCCGAGGAGCCAGUCAGGAAAGUCGCUGAGUGAGCUUGAUAUUGGCCUCGGAAGCAAAGCCGACUCUGGACCGCGCUCGCUCGUUUUCGUCUGCGCGCUGAACACUAUCUUUGCGCUUGGCUGCUACUUUGCCAACGGUAUCCCGGUGACCGAGCGAGAGGCAGUUUCCUAUACCUUCUUCCUCCGGGCAAAACAGCAUAUCGGAUUGGAUAUGAUGGACGUUCGGACUAUCGGCGUCGUACAGACGCUGCUGGUCGUCGCGCUAUAUUUGCAGAGUACGCCGUAUCCGCACCGAUGCUGGAACUCGAUAGGGGUGGCUUGUCGAAUUGCCCAGGGGAUAGGACUUCAUGAGGCGCAGCUGUACGAGCAGAAGAGUCCACUGGAGCAGGAGAUUCAGCGGCGAACCUGGCAUGGCUGCGUGAUGAUGGACAUGAUCGUGAGCAUGACUUAUGGUAGACCAAGUAUGACCUCGCACCUCCCGAGUGUUCCCUUACCAGGAACCGAAGAGGAAGAACACUCUUCCGGAACCCCAUCGCCGAUGGCCUUCUACAUCGCCACCAUUGAGCUAUACCGCAUUCUCGACAGUAUCCUAUCCGACAUCUACCGCGCAUGGCGCGGUCGCAGCAGCCCUGGGUCUAGAAGACACACAACCAAACACGGUGGGCUGGAUGUCAUCAUGGAACUUGAAGAGAAACUCUUCGAGUACGAAAACAGCCUUGCCCCUUUCCUCAAUUGGAACCGUCCAUUAGACCAAGCUACCAAUCCUGAACAAACGACUCUCCAUCGACAGCGAAACGUCCUCCACGCUAGAUACCUAUACCUCCGCCUCCUCCUCUACCGACCCAUCCUGACCCAACUCUGCGCCGAGUGUACCCACCCGCGAACUCAAGCAGACAACCACUCCGGCUCCAGCUCCAAUUGCAGCACCCUAUAUACAUCCAUCCUCUCCAAAUGUGCCGCCGCCUGCGUCCGCGCAGCAAUUGACCUCGUCUCCUUCGUCCACGAAACCUAUCACACUUCCGCCACCGACCCAUGGUGGUAUAAUGGCUUUUAUACUUCCACAGCAGGCACGGUCCUCAUCAUGUCCUCCUCCUGCCGCACGAUCCUGGCCGAGCUCGACGCAAGUCUCGUACACGAAGCUUGGUCAACAUGCGAGCAGAUCCUCAUGUCCAUGAGUUCCUUUAGCGUAUCUGCGCGCAACAGCCUGCUCUUCCUCAGGACGGCACGGACUCAGGUCAUGGCGGAGAAUGGCAGUCAUGUAGAUAGCGAUCGCAAUCAGGCCCGGCAGGAACAGGGCCAGGAGCAGGGGCAGUUGCAGGAGAACCCGUUCGUGGAUCCGAAUGGACCUUUUUCGAGCCACUGGGAUGCGUCUGCGGAUGAGUUGGAGUUGGGGUUUCUGGGGCCUUUUGAUUACGGGGAGAUGCAAGGGUGGCUGGGAGACGGCUCAUAA